AUGAAUACCCAAUCUCUUUUAGAGUAUCUCUCGAUUUCCCUUCCGGCAAUUCCUAUUCAAGGUACUGCCCCAUCGCGGAAUACAACGAACCCCCGCUAUGGCGCGGAAGAUAUCAGCCAGGUCAUCGAUUGGCCAGAGUUCAAUUAUGUAACGAUCAUUCAACGAUACGGUAGCGUUUUGAAUUCAAAGCAGAUCGCAUCCGAUCCCUUCAGGUCCCCUCCUGCCGCCAUUAGGGAUGAACCUCAUUUUCAUCUUCGAUUUGCCGAGCUGCUUCAACCUCGUGUUAGGCGCGCACUGCGCGCCGGGUUCGAGGAGCUCGCACCCCGGCUUCAGCAACUAAGCCUUGUGCCGAUCACUUUUGACGGUGGAGGCUCAGCAGCGUAUGUCGACCAGUUUCGACCAGACACUGCCUUCGUCACUCUUGGGGGCACCUACGCGGACGGCACGAACCGGGCCCCAGGAGAUAUGAAGGUCUCGUGGAAAUGGCGUUCUGACUACCGCCAUUCGCAAAACCCGUUCUUUCAAGAACAAUACAAGCAGGUUCUUUCACAGGUGAAUUUCUAUAUGGGCCAACAUAAAGCGCGCCAUGGCUUUGUGCUUACCAACACUGAGCUGAUCGGGGUCAAACGUCUCGAUACAAACGGCAGUCUAGCCGUCUCUAUGUCAAUCCCCUGGACAGCUGGAGGCCAUGGUCAGCUCACUGUGCUACUGGGCAUUUGGUAUCUAGGGAUGCUUGCAGCCGAAGAAACCAACUGGACUAUUUAA